AUGUUGAGCGCCGACGCAUUUACGAUAUCGUGAAUGUCCUAGAGAGUUUACACAUGGUGAGCCGCCUGGCCAAAAACAGGUACACUUGGCACGGGCGGCAUAAUCUCAACAAAACCCUGGGGACUUUGAAAAGCGUCGGGGAGGAAAACAAAUACGCCGAGCAGAUCAUGAUGAUCAAGAAGAAGGAAUAUGAACAAGAGUUUGACUUCAGUAAGAGUUGCAAUAUAGAGGAUCAUGUCACCAAGGCAAACACGGACCAAAACGGACACACAGACAUGUGUUUUGUCGAACUCCCUGGAGUGGAAUUUCGGGCAGCCUCUGUAAACAGCCGCAAAGACAAGUCUUUAAGAGUGAUGAGCCAGAAGUUUGUGAUGCUGUUUCUGGUGUCAACGCCUCAGAUAGUGAGCCUAGAAACUGCUGCCAAGAUUUUAAUUGGGGAGGACCACGUGGAAGAUUUGGAUAAAAGCAAGUUUAAAA